AUUUAGUAUUUUCCAUCCCGCCAUCGGAGCUGUGAGCUGAUCAGUUUCUUCGUUUGAGUUCUGGAUUGGCGAACAUUUUUCCAUCAUUAAGCUAACGUUUCGUCAUUAUUUGACAGUACUCAGGAUUGGUAACUUCGUUUUCCUGAAAGUCUCAUCGUCGAAUUCUCUUACUGCUUUCCACCAGUCGAAUUAUAUAUACUCUUCUAAAUGCCAUCCAACACUCAAGAACAGCAACGUAAUAAGCAACGACAGGCACCUACUGACUCGGAAACAGACUCACAAUCUGAAGCCUACGAGAGCCAAAUGGACCAAGAUCUGAACUCUCAAAUGGGCUCAGACAACGAGUCUGUUAUGUCUGAAACUCCAUCGCAAGCUGGUCGCAGAAAAAGAAAUAGAAGAAGAGGCCGUAAGAACAAGAACGGCGGCCUUCCUGGUCUUGGCAACGUGGACGAAACUGCAGAGAAUGCUGUUGGCACCGUCGGCAACACUGCCAACCAACUUGCCGACACUGCUGGUGGUGUCGUCAACAACGUUGCUGGCGGUGGUGACAAGGAGGGUGGCGAUAAACCCCUCAGACUCAGGUUGGAUUUGAACUUGGAUGUUGAAAUCGAACUCAAAGCAAAGGUCCAUGGCGACGUUACCCUUGCUUUGUUAAGAUAAGGUGCCGUUGAAUACUCUUACCUAGUGAUACUCUGCCCUCAAUUUGUAUUAUAAACUGCUUUAUUAUUAAAUGAACCAAAAAAUAAAAAAUAUUGGUCCUAUUCUUAUGUUAAACAACAAG